UGGCAUCAAGUGAAUCUAGCCGGCAGUUGAACAAUGGAGAAGCUGAAAACAAGGGCCCAUUUGGCCAAAUCGAAAACUGUAAAAAUAUCGAGCACAACUAACGAAGACAGAAAGAAGCGCAUUGCCGCUCGAACUAUGUUACUUCAUCGAACAACACCCAUCAACAUUGAGGAGCUGAUCGAAAAAAAGAUACGGAAAUUAAAGGACAACAGCUUUAUUUUUCUUACGUAUGCUUAUCCUAGAACUAGUGAACACUUCGGAGCCUAUAAGUUUUUGGAGGUCCCGUUCAGCAAAGUCGAUAAGCACGAAUACUUCACGGUCAGUCGGCAUGGAGUUACAUACUGGAGCGAUGCAGAUAAUCACUUCAGUCAACUGGAUGAUUGGUUGAUAGAUUAUGAGAAAUAUAAAACGUUAUUGAAACUUAAUUUCUUCCGGCACUAUCGCUACGCCAAAGCCUUCCGUCAAUGGCGCCAAAAUAUAAAAUGGGAAAAGUAUUCUACUGCACGACACAUUCUGUCAACCAAUUUGUUUCUGGCAAUGCCGCGACUAGCAAAGGCACUUCUGUACAUGCGGGAGCAGUACAUGCAAUUGGUGCAUUUUCGAUAUUUCGAUGUCUCUAUUACUGAAAACUGGCACUUGCCUUAUUUUGUGGAAACACAGAUGACUACAUUUGAACAGGUUCGUGAUCUUCUGAUAAAACUGGACAAGAAAUUGAAGGAAGUAUUGUUUGAUGCAUGUUCCAACACUCUAAUCGAUCGAGGAUAUUCGCCACAUGAUGAAGCACUAAACUACACAAAUAAGAAAAAAGGAAAAGAUGUUAUGAGUUUUACGGAACGGGCCAACAAGCGAAAGCUGUGUGCCCUGCUGACCCGAUUUCUUGGAUACGCAGAUCACAUGAUGAUCAAUUUAUUGCAUCAAAUUCUAAGCGAAUCCUUUCGCAAUUUAUCAAACGUGUUCAAAGGUUAUGAAAUGGAUAAUCUAAAUCAAAAGCUUCCUUUCAUGAAUGUCGAGCUGCUUCUGAAAUCGACCGGAAUCGCUGUCGACCCAUCGAGAGAAAUAUCUGUGUCAUUUCUGCAGCAGAUUUGUUCGAUGGUGACGGAAUCUGCCAGGAGUAUCGAGCGGUUUCAGAGUGACCCAUACUUUGUACUGUUCACCGAACCAGUCAUUAUGGGACGCCGAGAAGAUCGUCUGUGUGGAACUCCUCCUAGUUUCGACUUCAUCAUAGAAAACGAUUUUGAAUUAUUGGAUAACAUGAAAUCUAUCAUCCACAACAUCAACGCAGCAUUUGAUGUUGUUGAUCAAUACAUAAUACAAUUUGAUAAGAUCAGAGAUAAUUUCCUGGAGGCUUUAUUGAUGGAUCGAAACAUAAUUCGGAAUGAAACCGACUUGAGCAAAUUAAAAUGCUUUUGUGAACGUUACAACACUGAAAUGGUCGCAUUGGAGAAUAUACAGGAGUCGCAGCAUUUGGGACUACUGAAGGUCAAGCAAGCAACUUUCCGUAAAGAAAUCAUUCCGGUUUGUCGAGAUCUUAUAUCAGUACUUGACGAGACGUUGCCAAAACUUGCAUUGGAAAAAAUAAACUACGUAGAAAUGAAGGGUGAAGAAAUUUCUACCAAGCUUUUGAUCAUACCUGAAGAGACAAAUCACUACAUCUAUUAUUUCAACUUUCUUGAGAUAUGUCACGAACACGUAGAAAAUCUGGAGAAAGAAUUAAACUAUGCAUACGAGGCAUUGAAAAUAAUGAAAAUUUAUAACGUACCAUUCAAAAACGAAGAUAAAGAUAAAUACUUGGAUAUGGAAGAACUAACGGUGCAAAUAAUGGACAUAAUGAACACAAAACGCAAUCAAAAACAGGAACUGAUAAACAAAUUCGAUCUUUGCCUUCAGACAGAUAUAGCGAAGAUCUUUUCCGAGGUGGAAGAUAUCAGCGAACAGGUUCUCCAGGAAUGGCUGUUGGAUGUAAAUUCGGAUCCGGCUCAAAUUCGUGACUUCCUGAUCGACCUGUCGGAGCGUCUUAAUUUGUGUCAGCGCAAAGCCCAAGAGUACAAAAAAUAUCAAAAAGAAUUUCGAUUGGAAGUAUCCCGUUUUGAUAAACUAGCUAUGGUUAUGAAUGAGGUAAAGUUACGGCAGACCCUUUGGGACAGUGUGCAACAAUGGAAGGACAGCGUGGAACUAUGGAAUGAGAUAAAAUUUUUCGAAUUAAACGUGGAAGAAGUUGAAGCUUUGAAUACAAAAGUUUUGAAAAAUUGUGCCAUGCUUGAUAAGAACUUGCCAAGGAAUGAUAUUAUUCCAAAGUUGAAACUCGAAGCAGAAGAUUUCAAGGAGAAAAUACCGGUGCUUUCAUAUCUUAGAAAUCCAGCAUUGAAGAAUCGACACUGGAUCAAAAUUGAACAAAUUUUAGAUAGAAGAAUUGCCGGUGAAGAUGAUAUUUUCCUGCACACGUUUGAGGAUGCGAAUGCAUUCGAGGAAGAAAAUGCUAUGGAGCUGAUGGAGGUUGCUAAUAUGGCAAGUGCUGAGGCUGGCCUUGAAACGCUGCUCAGUAAGGUAGAAAAUGCGUGGAAGGAGUUGGAAUUAACUGUAGUGAGCCACAGAGAUGCACGAGACGUAUUCAUUCUUGCUGGGGUAGAUGAGUUGCAAACUAUUUUGGACGAGUCCAGCAUCAAUGUCAGUACCAUAGCGGCAUCGAGACAUGUUGGUCCCAUUAAACCGAAAGUAGAUGAUUGGAGCAAACAGCUGGAUCUAUUUUCGCGUACUUUGGAUGAAUGGAUGAUCUGUCAGCAGUCAUGGAUUUAUUUAGAAGCAAUUUUUUCUGCCCCAGACAUCCAACGUCAACUUCCGCACGAGACGCAGAUGUUUUUACAAGUUGAUAAGAGCUGGAAGGAUAUCAUGCGACGAACACAAAAAUCUCCAUUGGCGUUAAGUGCCAUGACUGCUGAGGGGGUAUUGGAGCAACUGCAGAUUAACAACAUUUUACUCGAGAAGGUUACUAGAUGUUUGGAAGCCUAUCUCGAGGUGAAACGAAUGGCAUUUCCAAGAUUCUAUUUUCUUUCGAACGAUGAAUUACUGGAAAUCUUGGCCCAGACUAAAAACCCACAUGCAGUACAGCCUCAUCUGCGAAAGUGUUUCGACGCAAUAGCUAGCAUUGAGUUUGGAAAGAAGAAAACUGAGACCGGCGAGUCAGUGAUGACUAAUGACAUAGUUGCUAUGAUGUCUCCGGAAGGUGAAAGAUUAACAUUUGGAGUAGGCUUGAAAGCACGUGGAGCUGUCGAGGACUGGUUAUCCAAGGUAGAAGAAGCAAUGUUCCUAGCAGUAAAACGAUAUAUGCGGUUAGGUUAUCGCUGCUAUCCAACCAAGGAUCGAUCAUUUUGGAUGCAGGAGCACCCCAAUCAAGUAGUACUUACUGUUUCACAACAACAAUGGUGUGCGUCUGUACAUUCCAUUCUUGACGGUGAUGGAAACGUCAUCAAACAGAUGGAAAAUUUCAGAGAUAAACUAGUAAAAAAUUUGGCGAUAUCUGCCUCAAUUGCUCGUACUAACAUAUCUAAACUUGUUCGUAAAGUUUUGUGUGCCUUGAUAACCAUCGAUGUCCACGCUAUGGAUACAAUUUGCCACAUGGUUGAUAAACAAAUUACUCGAUCAUCCGAUUUUGAAUGGUUGAAAAUGCUUCGCUACUAUUGGAUAACUGAGAAUGACACCGUUGAAACAAAAAUGGCUUCCGCAAAUUUACCCUACUUCUAUGAAUAUUUAGGAGCCGGAGGUGUUUUGGUUAUAACUCCUCUGACUGAUCGUUGCUAUUUGUGUUUAAUGGGUGCACUGCAAAUGGACUUAGGCGGAGCUCCAGCAGGCCCAGCGGGUACUGGAAAAACAGAGACUACCAAAGAUCUGGCAAAGGCUUUGGCAAUACAGUGUGUAGUGUUCAACUGUUCCGAUGGUCUCGAUUAUAAAAUGAUGGGACGAUUUUUCACCGGACUUGCUCAGUCGGGCGCAUGGUGUUGUUUCGAUGAGUUUAAUCGAAUCGAUAUCGAAGUACUGUCGGUAAUUGCUCAGCAAUUAAUUACGAUUAGAAAUGCCAAAGCAAUGAAAAUGAAGCGAUUUCUUUUUGAAGGACGGGAAAUCAAGUUGAAGCCUUCGUGUGCGGCAUUCAUAACAAUGAAUCCAGGUUAUGCGGGUAGAACGGAGCUUCCAGAUAAUCUGAAAGCGCUGUUUCGGCCCAUUUCUAUGAUGGUGCCCGACUAUGCGCUGAUAGCGGAAAUUAUUUUGUACUCGGAAGGAUUUGAAGCCUCGAAGGUUCUAGCCAAGAAAAUGGUACAGAUGUACAAACUGUGUAGCGAACAGCUUAGCCAGCAAGAUCAUUAUGACUUUGGAAUGCGAGCGGUGAAAAGCGUCCUAGUAAUGGCAGGAGCACUGAAACGAGCUUCACCUGACCAACCCGAAAAUAUAACACUGAUUUGUGCGUUAAGAGAUUCAAACCUUCCAAAGUUUCUAGCAAAUGACGCUAUUCUUUUCAAUGGGAUCUUGGGAGAUUUGUUUCCGGGAGUGGAACUACCCGAGCCAGAGAGAGGUAGUCUUCAGGGUGGAAUCGAAGCUUGCAUGGAGAAUAGAAAUUUGCAACCAGUGCCAGAGUUAGUUCUUAAAACACUCCAGCUAUACGAAACAAUGGUGGUGCGUUGGGGUGUGAUGCUUGUUGGACCCACUGGAAGCGGGAAAACCAGUGUACUUCAUACACUUGCUUGUGCACUGGAAAAACUGUACAUUGAUAUCGUCGAUGGUCCAUACUACAGGCCGGUCAAUGUUCAAACUUUGAAUCCAAAAGCGAUAACUAUGGAUGAGUUGUACGGUUACGUAAACCUUGCCACCAUGGAGUGGAAGGAUGGGUUACUAGGACUCGCUAUACGCGCUGCGGUGAACGUUGUAGAAGAGGAACAUCAGUGGGUAGUUUGUGACGGACCGGUAGACGCAGUUUGGAUUGAAAAUCUCAACACUGUCCUAGAUGACAAUAAGAUGCUUUGUUUGGCCAAUUCCGAACGUAUAAAGCUAACAAGUUGGGUGCACAUGGUUUUCGAGGUACAAGAUCUAGCACAGGCUUCACCAGCGACCGUAUCUCGCUGCGGCAUGGUGUAUUUGGAUCCGUUGCAUUUAGGAUGGUCGCCGUUAGUGGUAUCAUGGUUGAACACCGUCGAUGAAGUCCAUCUGGAUAUGGACCUCAAAGAGUAUAUUCAAGUGCUUUACCAUCGUUAUUAUGAUGACAUGGUCAGGUACAUAAACAGGAAGUGCCGCUGGAAUAUCCAUCAAGUUAAUAUUAGCAAACUUUCAAUGAUGACGAAACUAAUGUUAUUGCUCCUGAAAGAUACGCAAAACAUCAAUCUAAUGGAACGAGGAGAUGCGAAAAGUUAUGUUUUCAAAUUGUUUACCUGGUGUGCAUUGUGGUCCUUUGCGGGGAACUUGUCGGAUGAAUCGAAAAUUGGUUUCGAAAAAUUUCUAAGAACGAUUUAUGCCUAAUUUAUUAUUUUUAGAUUACCCGAUGGUUCAUUGUGGGACUUCCGGAUCAACCCAGCUGCAAAAACGUGGGAGAAUUGGAUUACUGUUCACUCAAAAUUUGAUUAUAACUCGAAUAUUGCUUAUUUUGAUCUGUUAGUUCCAACAUUGGAUACAACGAAGUAUGGAUUCGUAGCGGAAAUGCUGUUUAAAAAUCAAUACCCUGUACUUUUCACUGGAGACACCGGAGUUGGGAAAUCAGUUCUGGCCAGAAAUAUUUUAAGCAAGUUAAUGAGAGAAAACGUAAUACCCAUUUUCGUAAACUUUUCGGCACAAUCGGAGAGUUUUCGAACUCAGGAAAUUAUCGAAUCUAGACUUGAACGACGCAAAAAGACUCUUCUGGGUGCACCAAUCAAUAAAAAGAUUAUAAUCUUUAUCGAUGAUGUGAACAUGCCUAAACUGGACGUCUAUGGAAGCCAACCGCCUAUCGAAUUGCUGCGGCAGUUCUUGGACUUUCAAGGAGUAUACGACCGGGAAAAAAUGUAUUGGAAAAGCAUCGUUGAUGUUACUCUAGGUGCUGCUUGUGCCCCGCCAGGCGGAGGUCGGAAUAUUUUGACACCGCGGUUUAUUCGGCAUUUUGCUCUUCUUUCACUUCCGACACCUAACAGCGACACGCUGAAGACCAUUUUCAAAGCAAUACUAGCGGGAUUCUUAGCCGACUUCAGCAGUGUUAUACGACCACUAGCCGAACCAAUAAUUGAGGCUGCUGUUGCGGUUUAUGAAAGAAUCUCGGAAGAAUUGCUACCUACACCGAAAAAGUCCCACUACGUUUUCAAUCUACGCGAUCUUUCGAAGUGUAUUCAAGGAGUUCUGCAAGCAGAUCCGUCCUCGUGUGUCAAUCCGAUUCAAAUACUGCGCUUAUUCUAUCACGAAUCUAUGCGAAUAUUUUAUGAUCGUUUGAUAAGUGAAAGUGAUAAAUCGUACUUUACUCAGUUAUUGCAAGAUUGUUGCGAAAAAUAUUUUGAAACCACUGUCGUUCAUCCGGACGAAACCGUGUUGUUUGGAGAUUUCAUGAUAUAUGGACAAGCGUCUGAAGAUCGUAUAUACGAGGAGAUUAAGGACAUGAAGAAACUGAAAAGCAUUCUCUUGGACUAUUUAGAAGAUUACAACUCAAUGGGAGGUAAGGAGAUGAAUCUGGUGUUUUUCAUGGAUGCCAUCGAACACAUCGUCCGCUUGGCACGGCUUUUGAGGUCGGAGCGUGGAAAUGGUCUUCUGGUUGGUGUGUCUGGAAUGGGGAAGCAAAGUUUGUCGAGACUAGCGGCGCAUAUUAAUGGUUAUCAGUGCAAUCAAAUUGCAUUACGUCGUGGAUAUGAUCACGCAUGCUUUCAUGAAGAUUUGAGGAAAAUUUACUGGAUCGCUGGUGUACUGAAUAAGCCGAUCGUUUUCCUGAUUACGGACACACAAAUUGUAAGAGAAGAGUUCAUGGAAGAUAUAAAUAAUAUUUUAAACUCCGGAGAAGUUCCUAAUUUGUUCGAAGGAGAUGAAUAUGAAAAAAUUAUCUUGAAUGCGAGGCAACCGUGCAUUGAGAGUGGAUUCGCUAACACCACCCGCGACGGAAUAUUUGAAUUUUUCAUAAAACGAGUUCGUGCCAACUUGCAUGUGACAAUUUGUAUGAGCCCUGUUGGUGAUACGUUUAGGCGGCGUUGCAGGAUGUUUCCUUCGUUAGUGAAUUGUUGCACCAUCGAUUGGUUUGUGAAAUGGCCUACCGAGGCACUGUUAUCUGUGGCAGUCGGCUCAUUGAAAGACGUCUCGGAAAAUGAAACGCAAAGUAAGCAUCUUGCACAAAUCUGUGUCAUGAUGCACGAGAGUGUUGAAGCGAUUUCCGAAAGAUUUUACAGAGAAAUGCGACGUUAUUACUACACAACUCCGAGCAGCUACCUACAGUUGCUUAAUCAAUAUCGUGUGUUGGUUCACAAGCGGAUAGAAAUAAUCAUACAAAAAAAGGACCGAAUUGCAAAUGGUUUGAGCAAAAUACUUGAAACAAAUGUGGUGGUAGCAGAAAUGGGAGAAGAAUUGAAACAGUUUGUUCCCAUUCUGGAGGAAAAGUCAAGAAAUAUGAAAGAAUUACUGGCUAAACUUGAUAAAGAUAAUACCAUCGCCGAGGGUGUCAAGCGAAGUGUUGCGAAGGACGAGGCAGAAGCGAAAAUUAAAGCUGCAGAAACACAGGAGAUUGCCGAUGAAGCAGCUAAAGAUCUUGAAACUGUGAUGCCAACAUUGCAAGCGGCACAGGACGCUCUUAAAGCAUUAAACAAAAAUGAUAUUAAUGAACUACGAGUAUUUCAAAAACCGCCUAGGCUGGUACAGUUUGUGAUGGAGGCCGUACUUAUUCUAUUGGGAUCGAAAACCGACUGGAACUCAGCGAAAGUGGUAAUGGCAGACGUUAAUUUUUUGAAAAAACUCGAAGAAUACGAUAAGGAACACAUUCCUGAAACAAUUUUAAAGAAACUCAAGACAUACAUAGACCAUAAAGAUUUUCAACCUCCGAUCAUAGAAAAAGUAUCCAAAGUAGCCAAGUCCAUGUGUCUUUGGGUGAUAGCUGUCGAACGAUAUGCCAAAGUGUACAAACUGGUUGAACCGAAAAUAAAAAAGCAAAAGGCGGCCGAAGAAGAACUGAGUCAAGUGAUGAAGUUGUUGAAAUCGAAGCAAAAUGAACUAGCGGAAAUCGAGGCUAAAAUUCUCAUGUUAAUGUCAAAUCUGGAUGAGAAAAAACGUGAAAUGAAAGUUCUACAGGAUCAUAAUGACCUAACGGCUACACGUCUGAAUCGAGCUGGUCGUUUGACAUCCGCCCUAGCCGAUGAAGAGAUUCGAUGGCGUGACACAGUUCAGGAACUAACGGCGGAACAAUUCGCUGUUCCUGGAGAUGUACUAGUGGCUUCGGCGUACGUUGCUUAUCUUGGGGCAUUUCCCAUGCACUACAGACGCGAACUUUCCAUAAAAUGGGUAGAAGAGUGUCGUAAUUUGAAUAUACCGAGUAGUGCUAGUUUCGAUCUGGUGAAAAUUUUGGGUGAUUCCUUUCAAAUUAGACAGUGGAAUAUGUAUGGACUACCGCGAGAUGAAAUCUCCAUAGAAAAUGCAAUCAUUUCCACACAGGGUGGUAGAUGGCCUUUGAUGAUUGAUCCACAGGAGCAAGCAAAUCGCUGGGUACGCAACAUGGAAACGGAGAACGAGCUUAAGAUAAUAAAAUUAAGCGAUGUGAACAUGAUGCGCAUACUGGAGAUUUGUAUAAGACAAGGAAUUCCAAUGCUUAUAGAAGAUAUACAAGAGACUCUAGAUCCUGUACUGGAAUCGGUUCUACUGAAAAGAAUUUUCAUACAAAAUGGAAGACCGAUGAUCAAAUUAGGUGAUGUUGAUGUAGAUUACGACAAUAGCUUUAGAUUAUACAUGACAACAAAGUUAGCAAAUCCACAUUUUUUACCUGAGAUUUGCAUCCAAGUGUGUUUGGUGAACUUUUUGGUAUCACGAAGUGGUUUGGAGGAUCAGCUUCUGGCCGAUAUCAUCAAAAUCGAACUUCCGGAAAUGGAAACUCAGCGUAGUGAUUUGAUCGUUCGUAUAAAUGCUGACAAGCAGCAAUUGUUGUUGCUGGAGGAUAAGGUGCUGAAAUUACUUUACAGUUCGACAGGAAACAUUCUGGAUGACGAAGAGUUGGUAGACGCACUGAAUGAGUCCAAGGAAACCUCGAUAAUCAUAGCAGAUCGGCUGAUAGAAACGGAGAAAACUGAAAAAACUAUCGCGGCAACCAGAGAAAAAUAUCGAAUUCUCGCUUCACGUGGGGCAGUUCUAUACUUUGUCGUUUCAUCGCUGGCAGAAAUUGAUCCGAUGUAUCAGUUUAGUUUGCGGUAUUUUUCGCACGUGUACUGUUCAGUUAUCGCACGACCCCAUGAAAAAGUGGAACUUCCUGAAAGACUGAAUCGUCUAUUGGAUGAUAUCACAUUUACCGUAUUUUCAAACAUCUCUCGAGGUCUGCUGGAAAAGCAUAAAAUAAUCUAUUGUUUCCUGCUAGCUGUUGCUAUUUGCAAGGAAGAUAAUGAAUUCACUGACGAUCAAUUGCAUUUUAUUCUGAGAGGUCCCGCAAACAGAAAUUACUCUCUUGAUGAUAAACUCGAAUAUGUGACAGACAACCAGUGGUACAGUUGUAGAUACUUAGAGGAAAAGUUUACAAAUUUCUCGGGGCUAUCUCGUUGUUUGAAAGAGAUUAUUGAAAUCUCAAUCCAGGACUUUUCGGCGAAUUUUUCCUUUGCUAGCAAAGCCGCCGAAUCGACAAAACCUUGGAACAGCAUUUUAUCUGUGUCGGAAAAAUUGAUGCUCGUAGCAGCAUUAAAGGAGGAAAGUCUUGUCAUAGCGAUUACUGAAUUCAUAAGAUUCAAGCUGGGAAAGAUUUAUACCGAACCACCGAAAAACACAACUUUACCUUCACUCUACGAAGACAUUUCGUCCACGACUCCUCUGGUGUUUGUUUUGUCUCCGGGGUCUGAUCCAAUGACCGCUUUAAUCAAAUUUGCACAAGAAAAGGAGUAUGUCGAGAAACUUUUUUCCAUUUCGUUAGGUCAGGGCCAAGGGCCUGCCGCUGAAGCCCUUAUUGAGAACGGCACCAAACACGGCCACUGGGUGUUUCUUCAGAACUGUCACCUGGCGACCUCUUGGAUGGAGUCUAUGGAAAAAAUAGUGACGAAUAUUGCCAUGUGCAUAAAGCCAGUUAACACAGCGUUUCGUUUGUUUCUAUCUUCGAUGCCUGUAAAGACGUUUCCUAUCAGUGUCUUGCAAAAUUCCGUCAAAGUUACCAAUGAACCACCGAAAGGUCUGCGCGCAAAUUUGAUUCGCUCAUUGGAUGAUCUAGAGAAAGGAAGCUUCGAACUACACGUGUUGGGACAGCAGUGGAGAAGCAUGGUGUUUGGAUUGUGCAUGUUCCAUGGAAUAAUUCUAGAGCGAAGAAAAUUCGGUCCCCUCGGAUGGAAUAUAACUUAUGAAUUCAAUGAAAGUGACAGGGAAUGUGCAUUACGGACCUUGGAUAUUUAUUGCGAGCGGGAACUAAAACAACCCAUCCCAUGGGACGCACUAGAGUACAUCAACGGGGAAAUAACGUAUGGUGGAAGAGUGACAGAUAGUUGGGACCAAAGAUGUUUGAAAUCGAUUUUGAAAAUAUUUUCUUCAAGAAAGAUUUUGUCUGACCCAUACCAAUAUAGUGAAAGUGGGCUUUACUACUGCCCUAAUAACCGUAGCUUGGAGGAGUAUAUCACAUAUGCCAACAGUCUACCAAUUCAUGACCCACCUGAAGUGUUCGGAAUGCACGAAAAUGCCAACAUUAUAUUUAAUCGAAAUGAAACCAGGUUUUUCGUGGACACACUUUUGAACAGCAUAAGUGGCGGUCAGAUUUCGGGUGAAGCUGCGUUGGCAGCAAUGGAUAAGUUAUGUUUAGAAAAAAUUCAAACCAUACGAACAGCAAUCGCCAAAAAUAUCAAUAGUGACAACCCCUACCCGGAUCUAAUGAAGCGUGAUGGCAAAAAUCGAAUACCAUCUUUAACUACAGUACUGCUGCAAGAAAUUGAACGAUUCGAUAAAUUGCUAAACGUUAUUCACAUCAGUCUUAACGAUUUAGAGAAAGCUAUUCAAGGUUUCGUGGUAAUGUCAGAAAGUUUAGAAACCAUCUAUCGGGCAUUUACCAACAAUCAAGUUCCACAGUUGUGGCAUAAGGUAGGAUUCCUAUCUACCAAAUCAUUGGGCAGCUGGAUAUUAGAUUUGCAACAACGUAUCGACUAUGUGCAAUCUUGGAUCGAUGACGGACUUCCAAUUUCUUCGUGGAUUUGCGGCCUGUUCUUUCCUCAAUCUUUCUUAACGGGAACAUUACAAACGUAUUCGAGGAAAAAUGACAUACCAAUUGACACGUUGCGUUUUGAUUUUGAAAUAAUGAAUUGUACCCUGAAUCAGCAAGUCAUUUACGAACGAAGGAUUCGUGGACAAAAAAGCAACUCUUUUUUCGAGGACCUUAAAAUACCGGAAUAUGGUGUAUUAGUGCACGGUUUGUUUAUUGAAGCUGGUCGUUGGGAUGGUCGAGAAGGAAUUUUAUGUGAUGCCAGGAUCGGAGAGCUCGUAUCCCGUCUUCCGGUAGUUUGGUUGAAACCGUGUGUAAAAUUGGAUGUUGGAGGCAGGUAUGAAGCUCCAUUAUACAAAACCAGCAUUCGUGCAGGAGUAUUAUCGACAACCGGUCAUUCAACCAACUUUGUUCUGUCGAUUUUGCUAGAAACACGCAAACCUCCUGACUAUUGGAUUUUACGAGGAACUGCUUUAGUGACUCAUGUAACCGACUAAGACUUAAUAGAGCAUCAAUGUUGGUUUCCACUUCCUUUACAGCCUUUUCAGCGUGUGCCGUGCUUGUGAUUACUUCGUGGAUCAUAACUCUUUGAAUAGUCCUGGAAGG